CAGACUAAGGCUAGACUUUUAUGUGUCUUAAUUGAUGAUCAAAUACACAACGAAAACAAAAUAAUGAAAUCCAACACUUACCACGUUUGGGUGUAAACGUAAAAAUGACAUUGUUUUAUUUAAAUAUAGCAGACACACAUGACAGAAGAGAGAGAGAGAGGGGAGCACCAAAAACGAAGAUGCGGAACGUUUCAAACCCCGCUGCCUCUCGUCGGAUUGUUAUUCCGUACGGAACCCAAGGCAACCGUUGACGCACAAAGAUCGCCUGUGUGACUUCGCUCUCUGGACACAACCACCGUUAAAUAUUUUGUUUGACUUAGGUCGAGCGACGGACAUUGUUUUCCCCAACUGUAAUGUAACUGCAGUGAAUACACAGGAUGGACGGAGGUAUUUCAGAGUUACCUGGUCCCACUCUUCCCCUCUCCGCUCUGCGCCUCCUGGUCCCACCAAUUCGGCUGGUCUCUGCAGCCAUCUGGCAGACGGUGGAGCAGAAAAUUGUGUCGGAUUAUGGGCUGCUUGAGGAGUUUGUUUUCAUGGUUACGGAGAUUGUUCCUCAACUUCUCUCCACAAGGCAGCGGGCUGAACUCAUUUUGGGUCUCAGAGCACGGCUGAUCCUGGAGUUGUGUCGCUCUGAGGAGACCGCUGACCUCCAGAUUAUUCAGCCACAUCUUGACCGAAUGCAGAACCUCAGAUCUCUGUGGAACGUGGAGACCGAUAAUGCAGAACAAGAAGUAUCUGACUCACAUUUCAUGGGUCUUGUCCAAAAUCUGCUGAGAGAUCCUGAAGAGAGAAGAAACUUUUUCCAGGAUGUUUUCCCAGAAGACUUUGGCCCCACAUAUGAUAAAGCAAUCCAGACACUGAUGUGGCUGUUUCUGUCCAGACUUGAAAAGCUUCUCCCCACCCAAACUCUCCAGCAGAUUGCAUCUCUGCUCAGCGAUGCCUCGUCCGUUCUGAAUGAAUGCAUGGAGACUUUCGCUCAACCUCAGGAGCUCAAAACCUUGAUGGACACUCAGAAAGAUCUCAGCCAGUUAGAGGACAUAGAAUCUUACAUUGUGGACAGUGGUAUCUUGUCAGCCCUGUGUCUCCCUCCUGUGGAAAGAGUUGUGAUCGUUAAUGAACAAACAGAAACGGAUGCAGAGAGCGGACUCGUGUAUACGGUCUGCACAGAGAUGGAGGUGGAAUCUGAGAACAAAGAGGUUUACGUGGAGGGAAGUGGAAACGCCGAGGAGUGUGUGCAAACCCAGUGGUUUGGUCUUAGCAGCGAGGUGAAAGCAGAAAUGGACACUGUGGUGGCUACAGAUGCCGUCGAAGGCACUGAGGCCAGUGAGAGUGAAAUGGCUGAAGAACACCAUGACGACCAAUCUGGUACACUGAUCAUCGGGGAGGACGGCCAGGUGUCGGUGCUUGACGGCGUGGAGAAGAAGCCAAAUAGACGCGGGAGGAAAAAGAAACGUCCCGCAGAUGAAGACUUUGAAGUGCGGAGCAGAGCGAGGGGCAAACAAGAAGAUCCAGAAUCUGACGUCUUGUGGGAAAGACCUGUGAGAAAGAACCGUGGACUCAAGAUGAAACGCUACCUGUCGCAGUGGAGAAAAUCAGGAAAGACACAGGCCAGUAAUACUACUAACAGUAGCCCUAAAAAGUUUGCCAGAUCCCAAGCUUCAACCAAAAGCAAUGACUUGGACGAGAGAACAUGCAAAGUGUGCGGCAAGGUGGUGAGUCGUGCCAAGUUCUUAGAGCGUCACAUGAAUCGACACUCGGAGGAGCUGCCCUAUUCUUGCCCUGCGUGUAAAAGGUUUUAUAAGAGCUCGCGUUACUUGCAACAACACAAAUGUCCAAGUCUGACAAAAGCAAAGGCUGGCAGGAAAGCAAAGGAACAGGAGAACGCAGCAGAUGAAGGUGAACAAUCAUCCAGUGGGGUUCCUUGUGAGGCGACCAAUGAAGAGCAGCCGUCAGACAGCACAGCCCAGGACCCUGAUUACUCACCCUCUGCAGAGCGGAGAUCUUCCAAAGAAUCGGGACAGAAAAGCCCAGAAGGAAACAAAAGUGUGAUAGAAGGUCCGUUCUAUUGUCCUCACUGCAGCGUCGAGUUUAAGUGCAAACAAACUUUUAGGUUCCAUUUAAGGAACAUUUGCUACAAUGAGCAACAGGUGGAUCCUGAGAGGCCUGAGGAUGUUAAGCAUUGUUUCAGGUGUGAUGAAUGUGACAAGGCAUUCAAGUACAAAUCAACAUUGGACUCCCACAAACAAACUCACAACCCGCUCUACUGCGAGGUGUGCAUGAAACUGGUACGUGACUCUGAGGCAUUGGCAAUGCACAAAGAAUCCCACACUCCAUUUCAGUGUAACCAAUGUGAGGAGAAUUUCCCUGUGUUCAAGGCCCUUCAUAAGCACUACCUCGACGUCCAUAAUCCCACCGAGCCUUUUACCUGCACCCACUGUCAGACAACUUUUGCCAGUUUGAAGCGUUUCAUCAGACAUGAGUGGAAACACACUGGUUACCAACCAUUUCAGUGCCCUCAUUGCAGUAAAAGAUUCAGAUCGUACUCUGACCUCGUGGAACACCAGAAAAAACACACUAAAGCGUAUCCCUUCCUCUGCUGGGAAUGUGGCAAGAAAUUCAGGCACGGCGUUACGUUGACGCGGCACGUGGAGCGCGUGCAUCACUCUGGCGAACCUGUAACCGAGAAACCCACGCCGACUUUCACCUGCGCUCAGUGCGGGAAAACCUUCACUUCCAGAAGAUGCCUUCUGAAACAUGACAAUUUCCAUCACAAAGGGCUGCGUUUCCCGUGUGAGCACUGUGGAAAGGGAUUCUUUGGCAAGGACGCUUUGGUGAGGCAUACUUUGAUUCACACAGGCGAAAGGCCUUUCAAGUGUGACGACUGCGAUAAGUCUUUCAGAUCCGCUGCAGAAUUAAAGAUACACAGGAGAUACCAUACUGGGGAAAGACCAUUUAAGUGCAACAUCUGUGAAAAAGGUUUUGUCCAGUCCUGCUUUCUUACCUUACACAUGCGAACCCAUACAGGAGAGAGACCAUAUGUUUGUACAGUAUGUAACAAGGGCUUUUCAAGCUUGCAUGGCCUAAAAAGACACAGGAGACUUGUUCAUGCAUAGUUAAUGUUAACAUAGGGAUGCUCUAUUUAACAUUCCCCAAUUGAAGGAGGUCAGCAUCAGCUGUAGACCUGAACUUGAGGAACUGUUGAGGAUUUGACCUUGCUCAAGAACACUUUGGCAGUCUGGGUGCUGACUGAGAUGGGGAAUUAAAAGCAGGUUUUCCAGUUAAGGACAUUCUCCUUAAAAUGUCAGCCCCACUGCUAUCUCUGUGCCUGUCACAGCUUGGAUUGUGAGGAACUGUGUCAUUGUAUAGUGCAUUAUAAAAAUGUAACUUUGUAUUUUUUACAGAAACGAUUGCUGUAGUUCUACAAAAGAUUUGUAUGUAUAAAUGAUACAAGCCUUGGUUCCUUGGGGAAUUGAUUUCUUUUUCUUGAAUAAACUGAACAGUUGA